AUGAGAACUGUCGUAAUAGCACUUCUAGUCGCCAUCGCGGCUCUUGGGAAUGUCAAAGCGAACACGAAUGACCUGAAUGUCUCCCCAAAGGAUGUAGUCGCCGUGGAAGACAUUAUGGAUUCUAACUUCGAUGUCGUUGUCUACGUUGGCGAUUCGUACAUGAACCUUCCUGAAAAGUAUCGUUCGAUUGGAGACGCGAUUGCCAACUUCAUGGAGCUGAGCAAAGAUGCUGGGAAGUCAUUGGCGGUGAUACCAUUCCCUGAGCGACUCAAUCAUCCCAGACUGAUUUUCGCCAACGUUGGUGAUCUGUCCAGUGACACCGCAAGCAGCAAUAAUAUUCGCGAUGCUGCAAUUAAAGCACUACAAAAGUGUCACUCCCUAGGAUUUAAACAGGUUCUGAUGGUCGUUGGACCGAUGCAGACAGCGCUUCCAUCGUUCGACUGGGCUCACGGUGACUACCCGAAGAUGACAGCUGCUCUUGGCGCUUUGUACACGCUCUACGUGUGUGAGAUCACACACUCCCUCCGACACACUUUACUGUCUCUCCUGCAGCCUCUGCAAGUCCGUGAAAAUCAGCCGGAGAAGGCGGAAAAGAUCACGACCCUGGGUCUCUACGACUUCUCACCGAAGCUGUUGAAGUUCGUCAAGGCUGUUGGCGAGGGGAUGGGCGUCGUUCGAGACAUCGGUGACUCCGACCCAGAGCGCACCGCGCCACCGAAAAUUGCUGAGUACAUUGAGGCACGUAAAUCGGCCUGGGGGCCAGCUGGAAUCACGUUUAAAGUUGACGAUGUAUUCGAAAAUAAAGACAAGUAUCCCAUGGCCUAUGCGGUGAAUCGUGCCACAGAAACACAACCGCGGCACCACGGAAAGAUUAUUCAGGCCAUCUACACCCCAGCCAACAAGGACGCCAUCAACCAGACCAUCAUUUUGGUCGGAAAAGGUGUAGCCCUUGACACCGGUGGCGCUGACAUCAAGACCAGCGGUGGCAUGUACGGCAUGCACAACGACAAACUGGGCGCCGCGUUCGUUGCCGGCUUCUUCCACGCUCUCUCCCUUCUAAAACCGGCGGGAAUGAAGGUUAUCGGGUACAUGCCCUUUAUUCGCAACAGCAUCGGCAAGAACGCCUACCUCACGGACGAGAUCGUCACCCUGGUCAACGGUCUGCGUGUCCGAAUUGGCAACACGGACGCCGAGGGCAGAAACAUCAUGACUGACGUGCUCUACCACGCCAAAGAAGACGCCAAAUCAGCAAUUAAUCCGCACAUCUUCACGAUUGCCACUUUGACCGGUGCUGCUUCACGGGCCUACGGACCGUACACGGUCACCAUGGACAACGGACCAGCCGAGGACGUGCACAUGGCACACGAGAUGAUGAUGAGUGGUGACCGUAUCGGUGAUCCAACCGAGGUCGCUCGUGUCCGCUACGAGGACUUCGAGCCCAACAUGCCGAUCUCCGAGUGGGAGGACGUUGAACAGUUCAACACUAAUCCAGGAGCAACCACCAAUCGUGGCUUCACCUUCCCAGCGGGUUACCUGCAGAUGGUUAGCGGUCUCGACAAGCACGGACGCAGUUCUUCGCUGCCUCUCAAAUACACCCACUGUGAUAUCGCAGGCAGUGGCGGUGGAAUUGUUUCGUCCACCCGGAAACUCAAUACGGAUAUUUCAGACUCGCGGAAUAUCUACGAUGCAGCGCUGAGGGCGCUUAACUUUGCCGUGGACAUCGGAGUAAGGAAGCCUCUGCUUGUUCUCGGGCCGAUGGCAUCUCUUCCAGCCGACAAAACGUCCUGGGUUCAAGACCACUACGUUCUCCUGAAUGCUGUUCUUGGUGCUCUUCAGGGUCUUUACGUUUACGACAAGUUGGUAUUCUAUGCGUCCAAUAACAAUAUUGGAACCUGGGUUAAGAAGUACGCAACAGCAAUCGAGGAGGGUAGAUGGGUAGCUCGUGACCUUUGUGGUGCUGAUCCGGAAGUCAUGACGCCUGAAAACUUUGUGAAGUACAUGCAAAACGCCACCGUUUUCCCAAAUCCGCCAAUCUUUGAAGACAUAACAGAAGCUACUUUUCCUCUGGCGGCCGCUGGCAAAAUCAUGACCAUCACACACGGGGAUGCAACUGCCCCGACGAAACUUUACAUGUCAGGUGAAGCCCUCACCUACGACACGGGUGGUUUGGACAUCCGGAUCAGUGGUGCGAUGGAGGGGACGUCGAGAAAGAAGUGUGGUGCCGCGGGGUUAAUUGGUUUCAUAAAAACAGCCUACGAGCUCGACAAGGGCCAGACUCCCCCGAAACUGCACAUUUAUGCCAAAAUCCCCAUCGUUCGCAACAAUAUCGGUUCGGGUUCCUUCAGUUUGGAUGACAUCAUCUUUUCGAAAAACAAGAAGCUUAAUCGUGUUGGCUUCACUCAGGCGGCAAGCCAUCCAGAACUGUACACAGUCACGACGAUGUCGGAGCACGUCGCAAAAGUGUGGAAAGACUUUACGGGCAUCAUGGGAAACGGCCCUACUGUGGUUGGUGGUGUACGUGAGGCUCUUCAGGAAGCCGGAGAACACGUCUCUGAUAUGGGCGAGAUUUCCGAUCUCAUCAAGGAGGACUACGACUCGGCCUCAGGACCCCUGGAGACAGAGGACCUUCGUGCAUCUUCCCCUGACAUCAGUGAAAGCAUGACCCGGGGUCAUAUGAAGCCACCCGCCUACAUGAUCAGAGCGAGCACCCUCAACGAUCAUGGUCUUGGAUCAGCGAAUCAAAUCAGGUACAUUCACCUCGACGUCUCUGGUAGCGCGGGCAGGUACGCUGAUAGACCAACGGGAGCCCCUCCCAAAGAGAUUCGGGAGUUGCCUGGCGACAAUCCGAAAAAGAUGAAGUACUACGAACUUUAUAUUUUCAAAGCCACCGAUGAUGUUAUCACCUGGGCCAAGUACAUUGAAGAGGGACGCUGGGUUGCCAGGGACAUUUGUGGUGGCGACCCCGAGACCAUGAACACCGAAAACAUCAUGAAGUACAUAAACGACUCGGCCAAGUUCUCCACCGUCGAAGUUAAGGUUUUGGACAUUCUCAAGGAAAGCCAUCCACUGGUUGCAGCUGUAAAUCGUGGCUCGGAGAAGAUUCCUCGACACAAUGGGAGAAUCCUCCAAUUGACCUACACCAACGGCAACCCUACAAAGGCCGCCUACUUCGCAGGCAAGGGUGUCACCCUAGACACCGGUGGUCUCGACCUCAAGAUUUCCAACACGAUGGUCGGUCACCAUCGAGACAAAUGCGGUGCAGCCGCCAUCAUUGGAUUCUUCAAGACCCUGGAAUUCGUCAAGCCGACGAACGUCAAGUUCAUGGCUAACCUCGCCAUCCUCCGCAACAACCUUGGCUCGAGCUCCUACAGCACCGACGAGAUCCUCAUGGCCAGGUCUGGCAAACGCAUCAAGAUUGGCUUCACAGACGCUGAAGGUCGUCUUCUGGUGUCUGACCUGGUAAACGAGGUGAUGGACGAGAUCACACUCCUUCGCAGAGAGGACUACACCUUCAAUGUUGGACCCCUGGAAACGGAAGACCUGCGUAACAGCAACCCCGGUAAAGACGUGAGCACCCAGCGAGGCUCCCAGGUGGCCGCGGCUUUCAUAAUCCAAGCCAGUGGCAUGGAAGAGCACGGAAGAGGCACUGAAAAUCCGCUGAGGUUUGUCCACCUGGACGUGACUGGCAGCGUUGGCGAUGGUGACACCGUGCCAACAGCAUCUCCCUUGACGCUCCUCGCUACCCACUACCUGCUGCCCGAAACAUUGAAGUCACCGACUAGCAAAAAUUAG